CCCUUUUGUCCCUGGAAGGAGGUGAAUUUUGCUUGCAAAAGAGCUUGAUUUUUCUAAUUUAUUUGCUGGAUUUGGUCAUGAAAGUCAUUGUAUGUAUUGGCGAAACGCGGAUUUUAGUCCCUUGCGACGAUAAUGAAGAUAUAACGGUAAAAGAACUUUGCGAAAAAGCGGCUUUAAAAUACAAGCGAAUGACCAACAAGAAUCCUGAUGAUGACAUCAAAAUUGCUCAUCUCAAAACGCAACCAGAAGGAGCAAUGGUGGAUCCUGAUGAUAAAGUUAGCAAUGUUGCUGAGGAUAAAGAAAUCUUUACAGCUGUUCUGGAAGAACCUCUACAAACACAAUUACCGUUAAUAAAUACUAGUAAUGGUCAAGUUGUUCUCGCCUUGCUUAACAACGAUGGCAGCCAGUCAACAGAUGCAACAGUAGCAAAUUCUCAAGCAGUCAGUCAGAGUUUUAAUGUGAGCAAUCUAUCUCCAGUGUUCAUUAAUGCCCUCAUGGGAAUGUUACAACAAAGUAUGAAUCAACAACAACCUGGUAUGGUUUCCCCAACAAUGGCUGAUUUCACCAACACAAGCCAUGCAUCACAAUUAUCUCAACCAACACAAGUAAAUAACGUUGAUGAUAUGUUGGACGAUGAAGGUGAAGAUGAGUCUGACAACAAAGAUGGAGAAAAGAAAGACUUUCCUUGUGAUCAAUGCCCAAAGAAAUUCAAGACAGCCUGGAGACUACGUCAGCAUUUGAUUGCCCACGCGAGACGCGAGGAAAUGAAGAAAUAUGAGUGUGACAAGUGCGCAGCGACAUUUAUAUCAGAAUGGCAGCUUAAACGGCAUGCUAAGAUUCACAAUGGUGCGAUAAAGCCCCGCUUUUGCCUCGUCUGUAAUCGUGCUUUUCGAGGCUCCACCGAUCUCAAAGUCCACAUGCGCACACACACCGGGGAAAAGCCAUUCAAAUGCGAGACGUGUGGCAAACCUUUCAGUGAUCGCUCGGCCUUGAGACGUCACACGAUGACACACACUGGUGAAAGACCACGCCCAUGUCCUUAUUGUCCGCGUGCAUUCAGGCAGACCGCACCUUUAAUCAUUCACAUGCGUCAACGUCACAAUAUCAAUAUCCGACAUCGUUGUGAUGUAUGUUACAUGUCAUUCUGUGAAGACGAGCCUUACAUACUUCAUAUGAACAAUGUCCAUCAUAAGACGGUUACGUUAGAUGAUUUAAAGAAAGAGGACGCAGAAGGUAGCAAUGGAAUGGACAUGCAACAACGAGAUAACGAUCAUAGUGUGACUGACCAAGUUUCAGGUAAUGGUCAUACAAUAGUGGAAGAAAUGAUGGACAAUGAAGACGUUAAACAAACAAUGGUUGAUAACGAGCAAAUGAUGCAACAUGUCGUUGACGAAAACAAGUCGGAAGAAAAUGGCGAACAGGUUGCUGCAGAAAGAAGUCUAGAACACACCUACAUGACAGAUUCUGGUGAGAACGAGCAAGGAGGAGCGAUUACAAUCACAGCAGUAGCUGGUGGUCAAGACGGCCAAGAAAUAGUUCUUCCGGCUGAUUUAGUCGUUGCUCAUCAACUCAUUGCUGUACAGCAGUCUAAUGUGGAUGUUUGAGUGGGAUCUCUGUUGAUUCAAGGUGUUAAUAUGUCACGUUUUCAGGGUAUGUGCGUGGUGUAUGGAGACGUUAUGUUUUUUUGUUAAUUUCAUGUUUAUUGGACUUUUGUCAUCGUCAGAUUGUUAAAGUUAUGAUAUUAAAAUUAUUGUGAAAAACGAACGAAACAAUAUUUUAGUUUUGUCAUGUUCAUACAUCAAUAUUCAUGUGAUCAUUCAUAAAGUAAAAUUUCACAUUUGAUUGAGCAAAAAAUGCAAAGUAACUGCUAGAAGAGAAACGUCGCUUUUUCGGAACGGUUAAGAUUAGAGAAUGUCAUAUUUUUCUGUCUGCAAAUAAAAAUUGGAAAUUACCAGUUCUUAGAA